AUGGGCCCCUGUACCGCCUCCUCAUGCUGCUGCCAGGCCCGUAAUCUGUCAUGGGCCCCUGUACCGCCUCCUCAUGCUGCUGCCAGGCCCAGUAAGUCUGUCAUGGGUCCCUGUACGGCCUCCCAUUGCUGCUGUCUCCAUCGCCACACACUCUGCCAUGUGCCACUUUCAGGUCUCCUCACACUGCUGGUGGGUUCCAUUUUGUCAUAGGGUGCUGGCAGAUUACGGGCCUCCCAUUGCUGCUGCCAGGCCCGUAAUCUGUCAUGGGCCCCUGUACCGCUCCUCAUCAUGCUGCUGCCAGGCCCCGUAUGGGUCCCUGUACGGCCUCCCAUGCUGCUCCAUCGCCACACUCCCGUAAUCUGCACUUUCAGGUCUCCUCACACUGCUGGUGGGUUCCAUUUUGUCAUAGGGUGCUGGCAGAUUACGGGCCUCCCAUUGCUGCUGCCAGGCCCGUAAUCUGUCAUGGGCCCCUGUACCGC